UCUGAGCCCAGCAAGAGUGAGAGCCUCGGCUGCUCAAGAGUCUCCCAGGUAACUGCCCCCCCAGGAAGCCAUGACGGAGGCCAGAAAGCUGCCCCCGCCGUUGCCCCCACGGCUGGACUGGUUCGUGCAGACGCAGGUGGCCCAGCUGGCCCAAGGAGGGGUUCCUGCAUGGUUCCACGGUGCCAUCUCGAGAGAGGACGCCGAGAAUUUGCUGGAGUUACAGCCACUGGGAUCCUUUCUCAUUAGAGUGAGUCACAGCCACGUGGGCUACACACUGUCCUACAAAGCACAAAGCUGCUGCCGCCACUUCAUGGUGAAGCUCUUGGAUGAUGGGAGCUUCAGGAUCCCUGGGGAGGAGAUGACCCAUGCCUCGCUGGAUGCCCUGGUCACUUUUCACCAACAGCAGCCUGUGCGGCCACAUGGAGACCUGCUGACACAGCCCUGUGGGCAGGAGGAUCCAGUGAAUGUGGACUAUGAGGAUCUCUUCCUUUACUCCAAUGCAUUGACUGAGGAAGUCACCAGCCCCACACAUGGCCCCAGGGAACUUCAGAGUCCUUCCUCCUGUCCCAGGGCUGCUGCACCUGAGGAGACCUCAACAAGGCCUGCCCUCCUCCACUGGCCGAAGGGAAGGAAGCCAGCAGCAGAGAUGGACAGAGCUUCCACGGAGGAAGCCACAUCCCCCUCCCCACCGAAAGCUCCUCUUGCGGAGACCCGCCGGAAACUCUGGAAGAACCUCAAGAUGCUUCCCCAGAUGGGCAAGAGGGUCCAGCAGCAGCUGACAUCCCACCAGACAUCUAUGAACUCGUCGUCACUCUGGAGUUCUGGGCCACUGGUGGUGACACACAGCUCGGGGGCCAGGCCAGGUGACACAAACUGUGAAGAUAAUGUCAACACAGACUGCUUAGUGGCCACGUCCAUUGCAAGCCCCUCAGAGCCCCAGGAUCUGAGAAACAGAGGUGACCCCUCCAGGAGGGCCUCAAGAUUGGCCAGCUGGAGCGAGGCGACCCCGAGUACUAGGAGUUGGCACCAAGUGGUCGUGAGGGCCCUGUCCUCAAAAGUGUCCAAAUCAGAGACAAAGGACUUGAUAGAACCCCAGAAGGACUGGCUCCCUGAGGAGUACCGCCCACCGCCGCCCUUUGCCCCUGGGUACUGUUAG